AUGGCAGAAAGCCAGGAGGAAGACCGGAAUAAAAGCGACAAAAUGAUCGAAGUCCUCAACAAGAAUAUGGACAUGAUGAACACUAUCAACCAAAACAUUGUCAAUCUGAUUGAGCAGACAAAAGAAAUGAACAAGUUGCUUGUGAGCGAGACAAAAGCCAACAAGAUUCAAUUCGCGAUGAAGCGGUGUGAAGUAGGAGCAUUUGAAUACUAUGAAAACGGAAGGCACUCUCGGACCCAGGUAUUGGUAGGAAAUAUUUUGGAUUCCUUCUUCCGUGGCAAUGGCCACUAUCUCCUACAAGAGGCUACCGUGGAGAACCCCUAUUACCAUCGGGGGAAAGCACCAGAGGACGACAAGAAGGCUUUUUGCGACAAGAUCGUGGCACAGAUGGAACUCGUGCUUGGCCACAAGCCCCAGGUGACGGAUGGUGGUAGUGGCAAAUUUGCCAUCUACUACUAA